AUGCCCUUGAUCAUGGAGGAGGGCAUCAAUGUGGAUGAUCUCUUUGGAGAGUCCAACUCCUUGGAACUGGGUCUGCCAUCCGCAGCGCCUAUCAAAGGGCUAGCACAAUGUUUAGAUGAAAUGCGCCUACUGGGCUGCUGCCAGAAGAUUGCAUGGUCACGAUUGGGGUGCAUUGCAUCCAUUUCCGCGGACGGGCUCCGGGUGAUCGUCCGCUAUCUCCAAUGCCGUCCCUCGGAUGGCAAAUGGGUCCUCGGGGAAGAAUCCCCCCUGACCCCAGUCAUGGAAGCCCACAAUGGCAACCAACUGGCCCAUCUACUAUGGAACGAGACAGGCUCGGACUUGGCCGUCGUAGACUGCUCUGGUCGCAUCUCCAUCUAUUCCAUCUCAAUUGCACUGAACAGCAUCACAGGUCUGCGACAAGCGGCAUUUGAUUCUGGGGACGAUGGAAGCCAAGUCGUGGGGAUGAUGUGGCUCAACUCCCAACGUUCUAUCCACUCUUUUCACCAAGCAGCCAAGGUCAAUGGACGAUGGGCGUACUCGCCAUUUCGCAGACGACCCAUCGGGCCAUUCCACCCGAUUAAUAAGGGCGCCUUGCUCUGCGUGACGAGAGCCGGCCAGAUGAAGCUGAUAUAUCAGAAUCCGGACAGUAAAUGGGCCGAGCUGCCCAUUGAGCUGAACAACACAGGGUACUCCGACAGGUUACUAACACAUGCGUCAAUGACGGCCACGCAAGCUGGUAUUCUGCUUGCCACAUACUCUGCAUGCCAGAAAAUGUGCUUGUACAGGGUGCACGUAACCUGGAACCCCCCGCAGUGGGACCCAGCACAGGCCAAACAACCAGGCCAGUACCCAGUGCCCAGCAUUCGUCUGAUCCACUGCAAAGUAGACAUGCCAAGCAAUAUAUUGGACGUCAAUCGCGGUCUGCACCAUCCAGAUCUUUCGUCAUCGUUCUCAAACACAGUAUACUCAUUAACGCGACUGGAGAUCAUGCCAGGGCAGGUUGAGAGCCCUCCAGGGGCAUCAGCCAAUCCCUGGAUCUUGGCUAUCUUUUCGAAGCCUCUGCAUGCUCCGCAUGAAUACCAAGAGCAGCUUGGCCCAUCAAGUGUCAUUGUCAGAUGGCAUCUAGAGUCUGCGCCGCAGACACUGCAUCCCAAAUUCGAUGAAGUUGCCUCGAAGAAGAGCAACGCUCAAGCGAAGCCCCAAAUGGAACUGCGCAGGCUAGAAGAUAUCCCCUGUGACAAGUACAUUGUAUCAGUAGAGCUGGUGGAGUAUGGGACAGGACUUGCCAUCACCCAUGAGGAUGGUUCAAUAACAUGCUAUGACGCGAGGACGAUGGUUCCAUUCAGCGGGCAUGAAGACGCGAGCACAGUGACUUGCCUGUCCCAGGCCGGCUAUCAAUUUCCCAUCGAACAAUCGGGUCUCCAUAUCACCUUCUCUCCCAAUUCUUGUGUUGCCGUGACGCUGGACAGUGACGGACAGACACAGCUGAGAGUGAUGGAGCACUCUUUCGGUUCCACUGAAGGCGCUUACGAUGAAAACCAAUUUUCCGCCGCCAUUGCGGCCUUGACAUUAGCGUUCUGCCGUGGAUGUGGAGGAGAUUCUAAUACAGACGAUCUCGUCAUGGUCGCUCUGAGGCAAUUAUCACCAGGUAAGUGCAUCGACUAUCCUGACACCCAGCAAAGUACGGUGCUGAUGCUCCCUAAAGAGGCACAAAUUACAUUCAUCAGCGAAGUGUAUCGCGCGCUCCCUGUCAACUGCAACUUCACUGCAGAACAGGACAAACUCAUGAGCCAUCCAUACAUACCUCGGUGCCUCAGCUUACAAGCCGCGCUUGGCUUCAAAGGCAGGACCAAACAACGCAGCAUUGCAUCGGCCGUGCCCUGGGGAAUUCUCCAGCUUCGCCAUGCCUCGGUCCUAUACGCUUAUUUCUUCCAGUACAACAAAGUCGGGCAAAACGAAUCGCUUGAUCCAGACGUUUUGCGUAUGGUAUUGGGCAAUACCAAGUGGACGCUGGAUUUCUCCCACUUCCUCCUCAACGAAAUCUUCGAUCUGGCCGAUGAAUUCGAAGACAGCUUCAAUGACCCAGAAGCAUUCACCCAGAAACGUAAGACCAAACCAACUCCAACCCACAAUCCCAAAAUAACACACACAGUGAAAAACACAACCUCCCUCCCUCUCCUCAUCCUUCUCUCCAGCAUGUCCCGGGCCUUCCUCCGCUUCACCUGCCGUGGCCUCCGCGGCGUCCACACUGGCUUCGCAACCGCAAACCCAGCCUUCCUCCUAGGCGACUCUCGAAUCUACUACACCGAGAUCUGCCAAACCCUUGAAUCCUCACCGGUCCGCAUAGACGUCUACGAGAAGUUCCUCGCAGGCGUCGACUCAGCCGUGAAACACGCCUACCAAGGCGCCGGCUUCGGCGAUGCCGAACGACCAGGGCCCGAAAAGGAACUUCUCGUCAACGCACGCAUCCCACCCGUUCUCACGACCGCCGUGGCAACCCUGCUGCGGCAGACGGUGCCGGCACUCAAAUCCGAGAUCAACCGUAUGGCCAUCUACCUGGGUGACUAUAGCUGGCUUGGGUUUGGGAAUGAUCGCCGAACGGCGUUGUAUCGGAAACAGCGAGAGGUGGAUAUUCUCAAGAAGUGUCCGCUAAGACCGCCUUUGCCGUUGGGGAGUGAUGGGCGUAUGGCACCGCUUAAGAAGAGGAGGUGUGCGCGCUGCUGUGAGGUCUCGGGGGAUACCAACUUGCCUAGAUCGCUUUCGUCGUUCAAGAUGAUUGCUAAGCUGGGGUUGUUGAGAUCUUGUCUUUGUGGGGGGAUGUGGAUCCUCCAGACGGAUGCUGGGGAGAUGGGGAAUCUUGGUGUGAAUGGAGUUGGGAAUGGGGAUGGUCCGCACUAG